AUGAUCUCGCAGUUUUACAUUCUGUCCCUGCGCGGUGACACCAUCAUCACGCGUGACUUCCGCGGUGAUGUGGUGAAGGGCACUGCAGAGAUUUUCUUCAGAAAGGUGAAAUUCUGGCACGGUGAUGCACCUCCAAUCUUCAACUUGGACGGUGUCACCUAUGUCUUCAUCAAGAAGAAUGGAUUGUACUUUGUUGCCACUACAUGCCACAACAUCUCCCCCGCUGCCGUGGUUGAGCUUCUCACCAAGAUGGCAAAGGUCUUCAAAGACUUCUGUGGGAUGCUCAACGAGGAGAGCAUAAGGAAAAACUUUGUGCUCGUGUAUGAGCUUCUCGAUGAGAUGGUGGAUUUCGGCUACCCGCAGACGACAAACACAGAGCACCUGAAGUCUUGCAUCCACAAUGAGGCAGUCGUCAUCGAGGCACCAAAGCUUGGCCUCAAUCUGCCCCAAUGGAAUCCACGCACUGUGCCCAGCAAUGCCGUCCACCGGCCAGUCGGGCCAACACAUGAUGCCAAGAACAAGAAGAAUGAGAUCUUCGUAGACAUCUUGGAGAGAAUCUCGGUCCUGAUGAGUUCGAACGGCUUUGUCAUCAAUAGCGCCAUCGACGGCAGCAUCCAGAUGAAGUCGUACCUCAUGGGAAAUCCUGAGCUCAAGCUGGCCCUGAACGAAGACAUCGUGGUCAAGAACAUGGACCUUGGUGGCAGCCAUGGAGGAUAUGGCUCCGUGAUCCUGGAUGACUGCAAUUUCCAUGAGUGCGUGGAUUUGCAGGAUUUCUCGGAUCUGCGCACGCUUUCCUUCUACCCGCCAGACGGCGAAUUUGCGGUAAUGAACUACCGCAUUACCGGCGAUUUCCGCGUGCCUUUCAGGAUAUUUCCCUUUGCAGAGCAGCAGGCGCCGUACAAGAUCGAGAUCACCAUCAAGGUCCGGGCUGACAUCCCUGAGUCCAACUAUGGUGGAAACGUGCAAAUCUCUUGCAUGCUUCCCAAGACCUCCGCGUCGGUCUCCACCGAGCUUGCCGUGACCACUGGGCAGUCAGCGGAGUACCUGGCUAGCGAACAUCGGUUGCUUUGGAACAUCAAGAAGUUCCAGGGCGGCACGGAGGCUGCCAUCAAGUGCCGCGUGACUUUGUCUGCACCGGUUUCCAACAUCCAGAACAUCAAGAAGGAGGUGGGCCCCGUGUCGCUCACAUAUGAGAUCCCGAUGUACAAUGUCUCCAACCUGCAGGCCCGGCAUUUCGCUGUUUCUAGGAUUCUGGCAGUCAAGCAUCGCUUAUGCUACUCGCUCGAUGAGUACUGCGCUUCAAGCUGUGGAUAUGUUAUCAUUUUUACUGGAUGCCUUGCCAGCUUGCGGCGUCCGCUGUCCAAUGGCUGCGCUCUCUUUGCUGUUUCUCUUUCUGCGCUUCGACGCUGCGUUACGUUCGCUAUCUGCGCAUUGCAGAAAGGCACAAGUCCUACAACCCAUGCAGAUGGGUCAGGCCGGAUGCUGUCGGAGUGGGGCAUGGAGAAAACUGUCUCAAUCGUGUCUGAGAGGUAUGUGACGCAGUCAUCGUCCUACGUGUGGUCUUUCCAGUCUUUCCAGAGCCACGAUGCCCUGAGUUAUCUCUAUAGAAUUGUUGUAGACGGCCUCACGAAAAGUGCAUGGUGUGCAUCGCCAGACAUACAGGUGUGCCUCUCAUUUCAUCUGAACCGUCAGCACAAGCUCGUGCAGCAAAGCACCACGAUUGAACAGCGCACCUGCCGGCCACAUGAAUCUGCUUAUGCCAGGGUGGCUCAAAAUGCCAACCCCGUCACCAAAACGAUAGAGAUGAGCAUGAUGGACGAUGAGGAUGUCGAGUCGGAGGGCUCUGCCAAGAAUCUGCCAAGGCUGGUUGGCGAGCUGCCCUCCGAUCGCCAAGCUCGGCGUCGCGCUUUGGAGAGCCGGCUGCGCAUCGCCCACGCCAAGGUGGCGGCACUCACGCAGCGGCCCCUGGCACACGGCAGGUGUUCCAUUUUUGGGCUUUGCGUACUGGCCAUGAUCCGAAGUGCGGCGGCCUAUCAGGGGAACAUCCCCGGCUAUUCUGUUUACGCGAUGCAUUUUCUGACCACCUCGUCUGACAUGAUAUGUGUUCUUUGCAGCCUGCCGCUGUUUGCGCUCGGCACGCGAGGUCUUUGCGUCCAAAAGGGCUGCCUGGGUCCCAUGCUGACUUUGGUUUUUGCAAUGUCCCUUGUGGAUCUCAGUGCUUUCGGCGCGUGCCUCCUCACCAACAACCGUGUUGUCGGCAUGAGCAUUCCCGGUUCAUCCCCAUGCCGGUUCUGCCACCUGUGGAAGUGUGCUGCGAAGAGACCGACAGAUGACGAUGUCCAAGUGACUGUCCAAGUCAAAGUGUUAGAGCUACGUUCGUCCGUCGGUAACCUAUACUUGGAACACCUGCAAAAUGUUGGGCGGGAGAAUAAUGCUAGAUGCGAUACCGUGCGGCUUUUGCCGAGAAGGGCCGACAGCCUACAGCAAAACACACUGAAAAGCGACGAAGAUUGA